UUGAUGUGUGAACUUGAUUUUUAAGGUCACAUCUUUCGGUUUUUGGACCUUCCUAGCUAGCAUGACUUUAUAGUUCAAAAGCAAAGCAAUGAAACUUUCUAUGAUUAUAAAGGCUUCAGGGGUCUUCAACAUACCUACUGUUAUAUGUCUUUCGAGCGGUUCUUUGUACCACCACCACAAAAAUCCAGUCAACUAGGAAAAUUCUUUCAUCGCCAGGACAAUGGAGGACAACAUGAAAACCACCAUGAAGAUGGAAUUUGAGGACUUGCUGCCAGUUAUGGCAGAGAAGCUAGACGUCGAGGCCUUUGUGGCAGAGUUAUGCAAGGGAUUCAAGCUUCUAGCAGACCCAGAAAGGAGGUUGAUAACACCCGAGAGUCUAAGGAAAAAUUCAGGACUCCUGGGUAUGGAGGGGAUGAGCAAAGAGGACGCAGAGGGGAUGGUUAAAGAAGGCGAUCUUGAUGGCGAUGGGGUGCUUAAUGAGACUGAGUUUUGCAUUCUGAUGGUGAGGCUGAGCCCCGGAAUGAUGGAAGAUGCAGAGGCAUGGCUCGAGAAGGCACUUGAUCAAGAGCGCAGGAAAUCUUCAGCUUGACUGUGCAUUGAUCAGUACUUGGAGCAGCAAAAAGACUGCUCUUCUGGUUUCUGUAACCUGGCUAUGGGAGACAAUUAUCAAAUUCAUAUUGUUUUUGUAACUUUGUCAUCAACAUGAUCAGAUCGAUCGAAUAUUGUUCGUCUGGGUAUGUAAUAUAAUAUUAAUGUUUGGAUUAAAAUUGGUCAAGACUAGACUCUGCAUAAGAAGUUGGAAGAAUAAAUUAGGACCUUAUUUUGGAGCCUUUA